CCGAUUCUGCGUCCCACUGCCACAUUAUCCAAACCAUCACUAGCACUUGUUUCCCAACCAUAACUUCUCAUCUUCUUCAUUCAAACUGCAGCUUUCAUUUCAUCAGCUAUGGCCGCUUCUUGAUCUCGAUCAACCAUCCAAAUGCAGCUGCUGGCGCGGUCCUCGCCGUUUCUUCUCGCGUCGCCGGCGCUCUCUUGUCGCACGGCGCUUCCUCCUUAUCAUUUACGCAAACAGCACGCGAGCAAGUGGCCGCUCCGCCGACCUGCCGCCUCCGAUCAGCUUAAUCUGAAGUCGCUCACCGCCCUCGUCGUUCGGCUCACUCGCCGCCGGCAACUUGCUAAGAUAUUUGAGGAAAUAGAGAUUGCUAAAAAGCAACAUGGGAAGCUGAACAUAAUCGUGAUGAAUGCCGUAAUGCAAGCCUGUGUUCACUGCCAUGAUAUUGACUCAGCUCUUAGAGUUUUUGAUGAAAUGUCAAAGCCAAAUGGAUGUGGGGUUGAUGAUAUUACCUAUGGUACACUUUUAAAGGGUUUGGGUGCUGCUCAAAGGAUUAACGAAGCAUUUCAAGUUCUUGAGUCUGUGGAGAAAGGUACAGCUGUUGGUGAUCCACAGUUGUCCGCAGAGAUGAUUUGUGGUCUGCUGAACGCUUUAACUGAAUCAGGGGAUCUCCGCCGUGCUAAUGGACUUCUUGCAAGAUAUGGUCAUGCACUUCAGGAAGGUGGAACUCCAUCAAUUUUAACUUUUAACUUGUUGAUGAAGGGAUAUAUAACAGCUGGUUCUCCUCAGGCAGCUUUAGGCGUACAUGAUGAAAUACUGAGACAUGGAAUGACUCCUGAUAAGCUGAGCUACAAUACCUUAAUUUUUGCGUGUAUCAAGAGUGAAAACUUAGAGAAAGCAAUGCAACUUUAUGAGCAAAUGAAGGACAAAGCACAGAACCACCGGCGCUUUGAUGUUUACCCUGACCUUGUUACUUACACUACAUUACUACAGGGUUUUGGGCGUGUCAAGGAUAUAAAGUCGGUUGAGAAGAUCUUCACAGAAAUGAAAUCACGUGACAAAAUGUUUAUUGACCGUGUUGCAUAUACUACAGCUGUUGAUGCCCUGCUAAACUGUGGAUCAAUAAGAGGUGCCCUCUGUGUAUUUGGGGAGAUAGUAAAGCAAUCUGGCUGGAACCCUUUGUUAAGGCCAAAGCCCCACCUUUUUCUGUCGAUGAUGCGCGCAUUUGCUGCUAGAGGAGACUACAAUAUGGUCAGAAGGCUAUAUGAACGCAUGUGGUUUGACUCAUCAGGAACAAUUUCCUUUUCAAUACAAUCAGAAUCAGAUCAGCUUUUAAUGGAAGCAGCUUUAAACCAAGGCCAGGUUGACCUGGCUUUACAAAAACUGAAGAAAGUCAUAUGUAAAUGGAGGGAUAUAUCUUGGAAUACUCGAGGUGGCAUGGUUGCUGUACGAAUUGAGGCACUAAUGGGUUUAAACAGGUCUGUGCUGAGUCCUCGUGUACUUUCUCAGGUAUCUCCAAAAGAUGCAAUUGAGCGCAUCAUGAUACCGUUUGAAGAAGCUUCACCACUUCGAGCUACUUUGCAUUUGGAGCAAGUGGUUAUGCGUUUCUUUAAGGAUUCUGCUGUGCCCAUCGUAGAUGAUUGGGGAGGCUGUGUGGGGAUAUUGCACCGUGAAGACUGUGAUACACUAGAUGCUACACUGGCAACACUUAUGAGACGUCCACCACCUUGUGUUACAAACUCAACAUCAUUUAGCUGUGUAAUUGAUCUUAUGUUAGAGAAGAGGUACAAAAUGGUAAUAGUUGUCAAAUAUGGUGACAUUCAUGGAAUGUCCUCUGGCUCAAGUUCCAAGGCUGUAGGAGUUUUUACGUAUGAACUACUAUGUAAGCUUACAACAAACUCAUUGGAGAUUACUGAUGAGCAGUUUUGUCUGUCAAAUAGCAAUACAAAUAUUUGAGAUGAGUUA